UGCAGCCCGAAAUUAUUUGGUUCAAUACUUUAAAGUAAACCGAAGAUUUUUCUCUAAUUUUUUCUGCAAACUAUGGAAGCAUUAAUUUUCAGAACCACACCCGCCUACUUAAAUCCUCAAAAAACCCAGAAAUUUCUGAAACCAACAGGAACAAGAAAUUCAAUUGGUUAUGAACCCUCGAUAAUUAAGAAAUCAAUAACAUCAAUACCUGUUCUGAAAAGGGUUUCAGCUGAAUCCUUACAAUAUGAAAGUGGGUUUCUUGGGGCAACAAAUAACAAUUCAGAUUUGGGGGAUAUUGAAAAAAGAUAUGGAGGUCCAGAUGCCAUGUCUGAUUUGACUAGUAUUCUUACUUCAAAAGUUUAUGAUGUUGCCGUUGAAUCUCCUUUGGAUUAUGCACCAAAGCUUUCCGAAAGGAUUGGUGUUCAUAUUUGGCUUAAAAGAGAAGAUCUUCAACCUGUUUUCUCAUUUAAGCUAAGGGGAGCUUAUAACAUGAUGGCAAAGCUCUCGAGGGAGCAAUUAGAUAAAGGUGUAAUUUGUUCAUCUGCUGGGAAUCAUGCCCAAGGUGUUGCCUUAUCUGCCAAAAAAUUGGGCUGUGAUGCUGUUAUUGUUAUGCCUGUAACAACUCCAGAAAUCAAGUGGAAAUCCGUCCAGAGGUUAGGUGCAACUGUUGUUCUCAUUGGAGAUUCCUAUGAUGAAGCACAAGCACAUGCUAAACAACACGGAGAAGAGGAAGGUCGAACGUUUAUACCUCCUUUUGAUCAUUCUGACAUCAUUAUGGGACAGGGAACUGUUGGUAUGGAAAUCAUACGUCAAGCACAGGGACCUAUAGAUGCUAUCUUUGUUCCAGUGGGUGGCGGAGGACUAAUAGCUGGAAUCGCCGCUUAUGUAAAACGGGUUUCUCCACAGGUAAAGAUCAUUGGGGUUGAACCGUUCGAUGCAAAUGCUAUGGCAUUAUCAUUAAAUCACGGGGAGCGAAUCAUGCUGGAGCAAGUUGGAGGUUUUGCUGAUGGAGUGGCAGUUAAAGUGGUUGGAGAAGAAACAUUCCGUUUAUGCAAGGAUUUGGUAGAUGGAGUAGUUCUUGUCAGUCGUGAUGCUAUUUGUGCGUCAAUAAAGGAUAUGUUUGAGGAGAAAAGGAGCAUUUUAGAACCAGCAGGUGCUCUUGCCCUGGCUGGAGCAGAGGCAUACUGCAAGUACUAUGGCCUCAAGGGUGAAAGUGUUGUAGCAGUGACAAGUGGCGCAAAUAUGAACUUCGAUAGACUGAGGUUAGUCACCGAACUUGCUGAUGUUGGAAGAAAACGAGAAGCUGUGCUUGCAACAUUUAUGCCAGAGGAAGCAGGAAGCUUUACAAGAUAUUGUGAAAUGGUGGGACCAAUGAACAUCACUGAAUUCAAAUACAGAUAUGAUGCUACUAAAGACAAAGCUUUAGUUCUUUACAGCGUGGGAGUCCAUACAACUUCAGAGCUUGAAGCAAUGAUGAACAGAAUGGAAACUGCAAAACUUGAAACCAUAAAUCUUACGAACAAUGAUUUGGUUAAAGACCACCUGCGACAUCUGAUGGGUGGCAGAUCUAAUGUUCAAGAUGAACUUCUUUGUCGAUUUGUAUUCCCUGAAAGACCAGGUGCUCUUAUGAAAUUUUUGAACACUUUCAGUCCAUGUUGGAACAUAAGUUUGUUUCAUUACCGCGCUCAGGGAGAAACUGGUGCAAAUGUGUUGGUGGGCAUCCAAGUUGGGCAAGCUGACAUGGAUGAAUUUCACAAUUGCGUCAAUAAACUUGGAUAUGAUUACACUGAAGAGCUCGCUAAUGAAGCCUUCCGGCUUUUGAUGCAGUAAAUUUAGCAGCCUCUUUUAUUUUUGGACAAAACAAGUUUAGGUGAUCAGAUUUUACCCUUAAUUUGGACAGAAAUUUUGAAAAAAUAGUUUUACAUUAUACACAGUGUUCAAAGUUGUACUUGAGAAGCUUAUUCUAGUCAUGUUUAAGAUCUCAAAGCUGAUGAUAUAAGAGCCAAUUUUCUGAUUUGAAACUUCUUUUUAUUGCUAUUUCAUGAAAAGUUUUGUGUAUGUUUCAAGUGAGAGGAGUGUUGAAGCAAUUUUUUCCCAUGGACUUGAAGGAGCCCUUCUGAAAUUAGGUUACAGCUGACUUGAAAGUUUUGUGUAUGCUUAUUAUUGUUAUGCAUGUAUGUAUAAAGAGAUGAUGAUGAUGGACCUGUAGGACUGAAUCUCAAAGACAAGAGGUCUUUUCUUCUA